GUCCUGGGUUCUAGUACCAGUAGAGCAAAGCCCCACGUGCAAUGGAACAUGGAGACUUGUAAGUGUCCUUGUGCCUUCGACAAUAAUGGACGAUUUUUAGCACUUUUAUCAUCCGAUGGACGCUUAAAGGUUUGGGAUUGUACGAAUGGAUCAUUAAAGCAUCAAUAUACACCUAGUUCUCAUUUGUCGACGACGUGUACUUGCUUAAAAUGGUCGAAUUCUUCACGUGGUUCGGAAAGUCCGCGAAGAAAGAAGCAAAAAACGUCCCAUAAGUCAUCAUCAGCAUCAUCUUCGCCAUCAGUCAUUGCCCUUGGUACAUCAUCUGGAGAGAUAUUGAUAUAUGACUUAACUGAAGGAGAGAUUCAGGAGAGAUUGAGUGGAGGUCACGAGGAUAAAGUCACUGAUAUUGCCUGGAACUCAAAUGGAGACCUCUAUUCAUGUUCAAGUGAUAAACACAUYGUGGAAUGGAAUACUGGAAAAUCAAAACAGAAAAGUAAAUGGAAAGCUGAUAGACAUGGAGUCAAUUCCAUCUGUGUCAGUCCACUGUGUAACUGUCUUUUAUCAGCUGGAAGAAGCAUUAAGUUAUGGGACCUAGAAACAAAACAAAUGCUAAAGAAAUUCACAGGCCAUGCGUCACCUGUUUCUGAAUUAUUAUUUUUAUCAAGCCCAAAUAUGUCUGAUUCUAAUGGAAACCAUGUGCCAGAGAAGUCUGUCAAUGGAUUAUACUUUUUAUCAGGUACACAGGAUGAAAGGCUACUUAAUGUCUGGUAUGUAGAUCUGGAAAGCAAAGACAAGAAUGCACUGGUAUCACUAUCAUUAACUGAUGAUCCUGUGGCCAUAGAUGUGUCUCACUAUGAAAGUGCUGAUAAGCCUGUGCAUGUUGCUGUGAUUUCCAAGGAUGGACAACUACACAUCUUUGAAAAGUCAUUAAAUGGAGGGGGAAAGAAACCAGUUACACCAACAAGAUCUUUACAGUUGGCAACUCCAGCAGACAAGAAUAAACCAAGUCCCAUUCCUUUCCUAUGUGCCAAAUUAUUAACUGCAGAGGAGCCAUCAGUUCUUGUAGCCUAUGGUUCAUUGGCAAAACCUCAAUUUGAAACACUAGCAUAUGUCUCUUUUGAAAAGCACACUUGUUUAACUCGUGAAGACAACUCCAUUCUUCCUGUCAAACAUGGCUCCCAGUCAUCUGGUCCAGUGGAUAAGGCAGACAAAAACAUGAUUGGUUUCACUACUUUAGGUCCUUCAAACAUGGCACUUGCUAGACCAAGUAUGGCCCAGAAUGGAGAGAGUGGAGAGCAGAGCUCAACAACCAGAAAACAAAAUAUCCCAGAAGAAAGCCUCGAAGACAGGUUAAAAGCAAUGAAUGAAGUGAAGGAUAGAAAGGUAGCAAGGAAACCAAUCCCAACGACGUCUUCUAUGGUACAGAUGUUGACCCAAGCCUUACAUAGUCAAGACAGACAUCUUUUAGAGGAUGUGCUUCAAAUUGGAGUAAAAGGGGGUACAAUAAAAAAUACAGUGCGCAAACUACCAGUACAAUUCAUUGUACCAUUUAUCAAAGAGAUAAUCUUCAAGAUCCAGGUUAACCCAAACAGAGGUAGUCGACUAACUGUGUGGCUGAAGAGCAUUCUUAGUAUACAUAUGACAUAUCUUAUGACAGUUCCAAACCUUGUAGAAUCYUUAAGUAAUCUAUAUACCAUGAUGGAAACAAGAGUUGGUAUUUAUGGCAGACUGUGUAAACUACAAGGAAGACUAGACUUAGUCUUAUCACAGGUUUCCACCCAGAGCCAGGCAGMCGAUGAAGAACGGAUGCUCAAUGAACCUCUUACAGUUUAUAACGAGGAAGAUUCUGAAGAAGAGGUGCAUCUUGAAGACAACUUGGCUUUAGAGGGAGAACAUUCUGAUUCAGAGGGAAAAUGGGACGAAGAUAUGGAAGAUGAUAAUGAGGAGUGUUUAUCCAUCGACUCUGAAGAUGAUGACGACAAUGCGAAAGAUGAUGAYGAUGAAGACGACGAUGAUGAAAACGGAGAUGAUGAUAAUGACAAUGAAGGCUGAAGGAUGAUGCAACCAAUAGAUUAUAAAUAUAUAUGGGAAAAAAUCAUCGUCUUGUSUUCUCAUUGGGUUUGCAUUUUCACGCGACAUUGUUCCAACAGAAAAAAAUCUAAAUUUUUAAUAUUAUUUCUUACUCCAAAAAAUACAGAAUUAAUAUCGUAUUUUACCAUAKUUUUAAGUUCGUGACCUAUAGCACGAGCAGAGUGGUACCGAAUAAUUUGUUUCACAUUUUUCUCAAAUGUAUGUUUAAAUAAGCGCGGUCUCGACGAUUUUGCGAUGGUUUCUCGCGUGAUUAUGCAAGCCAGUGAUUACAGUUAAUAKCAAUCACAAUUUACAAAAGUCAGUCAAAGCUUCCUCCAUGUUCAUUUAGCUGUACAUAUCCCAAACUCAUAGGUAUGGUCAGAAGAAAUAUAUCAUCAAAGUUUGUUGUGUGAUCGACGAACUUUUAUCAAAUAAAUGUUCAAGACGUUCAGAUUA